AUGGUCAGAGACAUCCAACCCUCUACGUUUCGUUUGGAAUCGAAUGUGAACCUCGGCGCAAUACAAAUUACAACGUUCCUAAGUCUAAUUCUAUUCGGCAUAUUCCUAUCUCAAGCAUACGCGUAUUUCAGCACGAAUGGGGACAAUUGGAAACUCAAGACAUUGGUUGUUUCUCUAGUGUUUUUGGAAUCAUCUCACUCAUUUACUGCAGCACAAACUAUCUAUUACGAUACAGUGACCAGAUUCAAGGUUGCGCAGCCCAAUUCUUACCCUCUUUCCACCACUGUCGCACUGGAAACAUUAGUCACGGUUGUGGUACAGGCGAGUGCUCAUGCGUCAAAGGCCCCCGAAUGGUUAUCAUCGAGGGUAUUUCCCAGCGUAGCCUGCCUUGGACUUUCUCUUUUGAGGUUUAUUGGAGGUAUUGUCCUCACAGUGGAAAGCUUCAUGGAUGUCCCGAAGAACGAGAAUGGUCUCAUGUUUGUUUUUACGUUCAGCUGGCUGAUUACCGCAUCCCUUGCUUGUGGUGGAGCUGCCGACGUCCUCAUAGCUGGACUCAUGCUCUUUCACCUACGAAAACUCUCAUCCCCGAUGAAUCACACCUCCACUACUGAAGUUAUCAAUCGCCUCGUUCGCUGGUCGCUCCGUAAAGGCUAUUUUUUAUUUGAUGCUACCACUAUUAACUCCAUGAAUUUUACUACAUUGGCAGAGACUGGUCUCAUCACAAGCCUGACAUCCAUGGCCGUUAUAAUCUUGUUUCAAGCUAUGGGUGAUAUGAUCUGGUUUGGCUUGUACAUCCUUCUCGCUAAAAUCUACUCCAACUCCCUUCUGGCAUCCCUCAACGCUCGGCCUACCAUACAUGCCCGCCAUCGAGAUCAAGAAGCACCCAUCAGUACGAUGAUUCAAUUUAGCAACAGUGUUCCCAUAUCAGUUUCCUUUAGGACUGGAAAUCAUGAUCAAGCCACGACUGAUGAUCUACCGCCCCCGGUCCCAUCAAAGGUCCGUGAGACAGACGAUAUCAUAUUCAUGCACAUUUAUAUGCUAACAACGAAGAUAUCGUGCUUAUUACAGUCAGAUUGA